UCCGGGGUGUGACAGCAGCACCCCCUUCCCCUCCGAACCCAUGUCCUGAGGCUGCUGGGCCUGGGCCUUGGUCCCAUGCGGCAGCCUUGACGGCAGGGCCGCCGUGCCCACCCUCCUGGGCCGCGGCUGUCUGGUACUGUCCGAACCUAGAUUCUCCCUGCCUCCGGCCGUGCUUUGGCAAACAGUCCUGCCCGGGCCUCUGCCUGCCUUUGUGCCUUGCCUUCUCUUUUCCUUUCUCCAAAACCCAAAAGUAUCUUUGCUGGGUAAGCAGGCCUCUGGUUUGCUCAGCCCCUGGCUCCCUAGGGAUCCCGCAAAGAGACCUGCAAGUGACAUCAGGUAUCGAAAGGGAAAUGCGGUGGAAGGUUGGAAGGGAUACGGGGCGAUGGUGCCAGCUGGUAACCCCAGCCAUCACCGCUCCUCCCCAGCGCAGGGUGGGCACAGGAAGGGGCCGCCAGAAGCGGGGGAGGCGUCCCGGUGUCCCGGCCCUGCCGGUGGCUGAGCCAAGUCUGGGCAGAGGCUGGUGCUGGGCUGCAGAAGGUGAGGGCGGCACCCUGUCACCAUCCCACGCCCUCAGCACCAGAUCUGAAGUUCAGCUCCCUGCCGGUGAAGCAAGAGCCGGGCCCAGCCCGCACCCCCACGAGCGCGGCGGACACACAGCGGCACAAGGAGGUAACCCACAGCCUGAGCCCCUGCUGAGGACAGAACGGGAAAUAACGGAAACGCUGGGGCGGGUUCCCGAGGCCCACGAAGCCUCCGUGCGGCGGGGAGAGGGUCAGUGUCCUGACAGGGGCUCCGGAAUGGAGAAACCCAGCUCCGCUCGAGGACGGCAAUGCCCUCAGAGGCUGGGUUCACGGGGCCCUGCCCGACUGCCCCAGCCCGGCACCCCCGCUCCUGCCUGCCUCCCACGGCACUGUCGGCCUGCAUCAGUCACUUCGGAGUCUGUCCUAAUAGACCCUCUCCCCCCCAGCGAGAGGUGUCGGGGGGGCAGAGGCUGUGCCUCAUUGCCCUCCGUAUGGCCAUGGCCCUCACACGGAGCCUCCAGCACCAGAUACCUGUUUGAAGAGGAAAGGAGGGAAGCUGGAGAGAGUAACCAAGGGAAGGAGAAAGGAAAAGAGAAACAGGCAAACGGGAGACAGACCUCCUGGACCCCCAGCCAGGCCCGAGGGGUCUGCCCUCCGCUCUGCCCAGGGGCACACCGUGGGCCGAGGACAGUGGCCUCGGCCCCGCAGACAGCAGCCAGCGGGAUGAGCUAGACGCACUGCAACGGAGCCUGGGUGCCAAAGCCAGACCUCUCACCCCAAGGACCCGGCCCCACCGCUUCCUGCCGCGUGACCUUGGGCACAUCACCAAACCGCAUCCGUACGUGGAAGCUAAUACUAGGACCCACCUCAGAUGGCCACUGGGGGGACGGACACAAGAAGAAUUAGCUUUUAUGGUCUGGGCUGAGAACCGAUGCUCUGACCAUAAUACAGUCAAGGCUCAAAAAAGUGGAGGGAGUCACAGAACGCCAGCACUCCGCAGAGCCUCAGCAGCGGUCUUCUACGUGGCCCGCCCAUCUCGCAGCUGAGGGGAGUGAUGUGCUGAGGUCACCCAGCAGAGACAGGCCGGAGGCUCCCCGGUCAACGCUGCUCAUUCAUUAUUUGUUCAGCGCUUGUGACGUGCACGCCAGGAGCCUGAAAGGAGGCACCUGACCCCCUCGGUCCGGUGGGAGAGGCACACCCGGACAGGACACAAAACAGACUGGAGGGCGGACCGAGGAGGCACGUGGUGCUCCGAGGGCGUGAGGGGAAUGGAUCUCGUCAAGAAGGCCCCCUGAGAAAGUGAUGGCCGAGCUGGGACGGAACAGGAGGGACGGGAGGCGAGGAGGAGGUGAGGAGAAGCAUCUGGGCAGAGGGCGCCACCGGUACCAGCCCUGGGGCAGCUCUGAUGGGCCCCACCACACCCACGUAAGGUCUUGGCCCCAUAAGGCCAAGUUUACUCACCCAGCCUGCGUUCCCUAAGGGCAGCGAGGCCCAGGCGGGCUCUGCCCUGGGGGUUAGCACAGGCCAGAGCUGGGCCACAGCAGGCCCCGCAGGAACACCACAUAUACGGGCGGAAACUUCCCUCCGAGAAGCACCAGCCGGGGCGCAGAGGCUGGGCAGAUCCCCCGGCCCUCCCAUCUCACCGGGCACAGGGCCGGCGGAAGCCGGGGAGCCACGGGGGGCGGGGGCCAUUCACUCACCCUCGGCAUCCACAGUCUCCUUCAUGAUGAUCUCCACCCGCUCCACGUGGUGCCGGCUCCAGAGGCCGUCCAAGGCCUUGCGGUUCUGGUCUCGGAAAGGCAGGAUCUGAGCCACGGCCUGCCGGGGAAGGAGGCCAGUUGGGCGCUGGUUCUCAGGGUGAAGAAGGAAUCCUGACUCCCAGAAAGGGCCCACGCUUCUCUACCCUCUGCUCGGAGGAGACGCUCCCAGGAUGCAACAGUCCCUGGGCUUUGGGGCCUCACAGCUCCACGCGCACUCCAAAAACUUGAACAGGUGAAAACCUCACCAGGUCAGACACUGGUCUGAGGACCACUCUUUGGGGAUGCUGCCACUCCAAACAGGGCUGGACAGAAAGCAAUGCCUCUGUCCUGGAAAACUAUGGGGUGCCCACCCACGUGGCCCUGGGCUCACCAGCCUGGUCAGCACCAGAGGGCGCCGUGCUGUGUGCUCUCUGCUGGGGUUUCUAGGCAGAGAUGUUCCAGAGGCGCUCCAAGGGCCUUCCCAGAGUGAAGUGGCCGGCCAGCCUGCAUCACCCAGGAGGCCACCCCACGCUCUGCCACAGAACCUGGCUGAAGAACAUGGACUUAGGGUCCCUACGCAGUGUGAGACCUUGUUACCAGCCUUCAGCUCAAAACAGAACUCAGGAAGACACGGAUACUGAAAAAAGGCAGUCGGAUGCGGAAUAAGUUAAUUCUAAUCUCCCCCCCGGGACCCCCUGGAAGCCAGGCCGACACCAGAGUCCUGGGGCCACCCGUGUAGAUGAUGCAGGGCAGCGACGAGAACGCGGCUGGACAGGCGGACCAGGGCCACGCAGUCCUGCCCCUUGCCGCCCUGCUUCUCCUCCAGCCUGUCGCCACCUGCCCGCACUCGGGACGACCACGGCGCCUCGGAUUUCACGACGGCUCAGGCCUAAUCCCACAUUAGCAGUGUGGCUCCGCCGGUGGGGUCUCCCCGUGCCCGGCUCACUCCAACUCCUGGCUGCAGCUCACCUGCUUGCCCAGGUAAUGGUCCACCCGGUACAUCUCCUCCUCUCGGAAAAAGCCCCCGAGUUCCGUGGCCAGCUGCUGGGCUGAGAGGUGGUCAUGGCCGAAGGGCUUCUCGAGGACAACCCGCAGCCAGGCGCCCGGGCCCGGGCGGCAGCUGCUGUUAAUGUUGCGGGCAAUGUCCGCAUAGGCAAAGGGUGGCACCGAGAAAUAGAAGAUCCUGCCGGCCUCCCGGAGGCCCCCGUGUUGGACCUGUGCCUCAAUGUCCUUGCUCAGGGCCAUAUAGUCCUCACUCGUCGCCAGGUGGCGGUACGCACUCAGCCGCUGGAACUGGCCCUUGAGUUCGGCGCAGCGGUCGGGUGCCACGUCCUCCGGGCAGGAGAGGGACUCCAGGACCUUGGCUAUGAACGCUUGGCCCUGCUUGGUGGACGUCAGGGCAGCCCCAUGGAAGCUGAAACUGUAGUCCUUCCCCGCCUCAUCCAGGUACAGCUGGAACAGCCCCUGCCAUAAGUAUUUCCUGGCCAGGUCCCCGGUUGCUCCCAGCAGGAUGACGGAGACGUGUCCCCGGAGCUCCUGGGCCUGCAGGCACCCCAGGAGGGCCAUGCACAUCGCCACUGUGAGCAUCUUCCAACAGCCAGGGUGCCUGGGCAUAGGUGAGACAGACAAGGAACAAGGAAAGAUCAGACAUGGUUCAGGUGGCUGGGACAUGGAGGUAAACACACUUCCAGGCUCUCAAACAUUUCCUGCCUGGCAGGAAACAACCACGUUUCUCAGAAAAAUGUUAUAAUCCCACGGCUUCCCCGCUGCUCCCUCCUCAGCAACUUGGCUUCUGUGCCAGGAAGCUGGUGCGUAGGGAGCCUGCCCCGUAAACAGGGACUGUACGCGGGGAGCGGGUAGGCCAGUUGCUAGAGACGGACGCGGUGCUGCAGGAAGCUCCAGGGAGGCCCCCAGGGCUGCCGCAGGAUUUGGAGCUGCCCACUGGAAGAUCGACGCCAACCUCAUCCAUGAGCACAGGCCACCAGGCCCACGAGCUCGGGAAUGGUAGACGGCCCUCGGGUGACGGCUGGAACUACAAGAAGACAGGAUCACCCCCGUCACUCCUCGCUUGGCUUCCCUCGUGUCUGCUGGGCUCCGGGCCCAGAACGAUUACUAAUAUCUCCUACGGCACAGUGAAUAACAACACAGACUCUGGAACCAAACGAGGUGGAAUCCUAGCUCAACUCCUCCCUGUUUGACCUUGGACAAUUACUUAAUCUCUCAUAACCUCGGGUUCCUCAUCUGAAAUGGGGGUGACAGCGACCUAUACCACAGGGUCAUUAGAAGGAGAAAAUGAGUUAAUAUUUAUCAGAUGCUUAGGACACUGCCCACCACCCCCGAGCGCUACGUAAGUGGUAGUCGUCACUAGGGUAUGUUAAUGACAGCAGCGGCCCUGAAUGGAGCGCUUCCGUGCAUAAGAUCCCACUGAGUGCAGGCAAAAGAGACAAUGGAGUGGGUGCCAUGAUAGUUUCCCUCUUGCAGAGAGAAAAGCUGAGGCUCAGACGGUGAAGGAAGGUGAGGAAGGAGGGAGCCCAACAGGCACCAGGCUCUCUGGCCCCCGCGCUGACACACAGCAAGUGCGUGCUGCAUCCUCCCUCGCGUCUUGGCUGCUUUUCAGGCUAAUUUAAAGCCGCUGACACGUACGAAAGGCAAGAGGCCUCGGACCCGCCACGAAUGCACCGGAGGAUCUGCUUUCACUUGCCUUCUGUUCUGACCAAGGUUGUAGGGCUUACUGUGUGCAAUUCUUACUCCGAGGCUCUCCCGUUCUCCGAUUUCCAACUGAGGCCAGUGCUUUGGGGGAAAAAGAGAAGUGAGGGGGGAAAGCAGGCGUGGCCAGCUGCUCGGCUCUGAGAACUCGAAGGGGCAACGGGGCCCAGCCCGGGGCGCUGGAGCACGGAACAGGGAACCAAGAUGACUGACAGCAGGUGUUCCCGGAUGAAGGGUGAACAGCCUCCACCACGAGGUUCGAGUCUGGCUGUACGGUAGGGACACGGAGGUGUGAGGCGAUACCCGGCCCCCUUACCUUCCUGCAUCCCUGUACCAUCCCCCAUCUUGAGAGGGUCCUGGCCACCCUCUGACAGCCCACUCCCCAGCCCCCCCUUUUCCCUUUGCCUCCUCCUCAUCUCUUUUGAUGUUGCAGUUAGCGGCCAAACCAAGAUGAGGCUCCAACGACAGGAUGUGCGUCAGAAUCUACAGGACACCAGACGUUUCCACCAUUCAGCUUGAUGUGGAGGGUAAAGAGACCAGCUGCGAGGCCUCCAGCCUUCCCCUUGCACUCUCCCUUAACCUGUGCACUCACUCCCGAACCAGAUGGGCCACAGGACCAGUCUUUCCUCUCCCGCUUCCCAAUCCCUGUCCUUGGCCCUUCACGCAUUUACGCAUUUCCUUCUCGGCUGGCUGGCAAUCGCCCAUCUGGAGGGAAGACAGAGCUGCAAGGUCAGUGCGGGAGAGAGGCGGUGAGAAAUCUGAAGCCCGGACAACAGCCUGGAGAAGGAGGAGCCUCCAGCUGGCGAGCUGCAUUUCAGAGCUCCUGAUCCCACACCCGGAGCCAGGGCUCCAGACUGACAAGUGCCAGGGACAAGAGGAGGAGUCAGGAACCUCAGAGAGCCUGGAUGGGCAGGUGAGGGAGCCCCAAGGACCAGUCCCUCUCCCCCAAGCCCAGAAGACUGCGGAACUGUCGUGUCCCCAAGCCCGAGCCUCCAGUCACUGUGCUGAACGGCUUCCUCAGUCAAGUGGAAGAAUGUGGCAUUUGGGUCAGAGGACCAGGGCUCAAGACCACCUCCUGGCUGUGUGAUCUAAUGAACUCUCCUAGUCAGUUUGGGUCCACGUUUCCUAACUAUAAAACAGGGCUAACACCACUGAACUAAAUGAGGGGAUUGUGACGAUUAGCCGAGAUGAUGCAGGCGACAAAGCCCUACGCGGACGUUAACUAACCUAGCUCAGUGCCAGGCGCUUCCUGGCUCCUGGGGGGGCAUAAUGCCACCGCUGCCCGGCAGAACUGCGCAGCUCAGCGGCUACAGAGCUCAGCCCCGCAGGCAGCCCCGAGGAACCAACUCGGGCAUUGACGGCACAUUCCCCAGACCGGUCCUUGCGCCCGGCCCCGAGGGGAGGGAGACAGUGACCAGUACGGUCAUCCUCCUUGCUGCCCCGACAGGGAAAUAAACAGGAUCCCCGAAGCCCAACAAAGUCAAGAACAGGGCCCCAGCUCUGGAGCAGGGAUGAGGCAACAGGGAAACCAGACGGCUCCAACACACCCACCGACGGUCUAAACCGCCCUCGCGCGGCACGGCUCGGCUUUUGCGGGGUUCUCUGAAGCACUUCCCCCUGCCUCUCUGCCUGCUCCAAGAGGAAUGGGCCUACAGGCACCUCCUAAAAUCACACACCUGAAGUGAGCCAAAAAGCCUGGACGUGACAGUCCAACCGCUAAUACUGCCAUGAACCGUUUGUAUCUUUCAUUCAAAGUAAGUUUCAUUUGCAGAGCUCGGGCGCAGGAAGGGCAGCCUGCGGGACUGCGUGUUGGGCUGAGUGGUGGUUCUUCUCCAGCCCCUGCCGUGAAUCACCACGCCACCUCGAUGACCUCUCGCCGAGGCGUCUGCCCUGGCCAGGCCCCCCUGCCCCACCUACGAGACGAAGAGACUUAGCAGAAGGAUCGCUACUUGACUGCUGCCCCCCAAUCCCGGGUUUUCCAAGGAAAGGAGAGAACCCCUCUCUCAUCAGGGAGAGGCCCCAGCUCCGCCUUCCUGUAGGGCAGCCAGGUGCCCACCUCGGGGGACGGGAGAGGGGCGCUGAAACGGGAAGCAAAGAGCUGAUGACCACGUGCCCUUCCGAAGCUAAGGCGAGACUCUUGAAGCUUUAACCGAAGUGUGUGAAGGAUGCAGUGUCAUGUACGGCACUCAGAUACUUGCCAGACACACACUACCCCACCGCGUGCGGUGCCGCGGGGCCUCGUCUAGGGAGGCGCAGAGGACCUUCUCCAGACAGGCUCGUCUGGGUGUCAGGACUGCUGGGCCCGUGUCCGCAGUCCUGCUCCCCGAGUCCGGUCGGAGGGGUUCCCGCCCGGCAUCCUGGGCGGUCCACCUUUGCAAGAACAGCUCUGCCAACGCUCCCAAAGCUGUGAACGCCGACUUGGCGGGCCUGGGGGUCUGGAUCAGAAUCUGCUUCCGGUCUUUGUUUCUGCCCAAGCGAAAGAGGCGGGUGUGGGGCGCAGCCCCGCAGCUCUGCCUGACCCGCUCCGGUGGCAGGGUGGCUGCUGGUAAACCACAGGGGGAGUGGCACUGGUCUGCUAUUCCCAGCAGACACGGGGCAGGGGCAAGGAGCGGAGAGGUAAAGGUCAGUGGCUGCGGCGGCCUUGUCCCCUCUCCCAAUGCCACAUCGACACCUUUGACCUCCACCUUCUGUUUGCCAAGCGGGAAGGAGGGGCCUGUCUUCUUCAAAUCAUAGCCCAGGAGUUUGGAAUUUUUGAAAGAAUGUGUGGGAGUAAAACAAGAGUUCAAACUAAAGAUCAUUUUUAACCAGAGUGCGAGGGGAGGGGCCCAGCGCCCUCUCCAGUCACUAAGCCCAGUGUUUUCCCGAACUCUCCCGGUCCCGGCCCAUCUGCACAGGACACACCCGAACCAGUCAAACCCUUCAGCUACUGUGCGGCCUCGACUCCUCCCUUCCCGGGCCCCUUGGGAAGGGUCAGGGACAAGAGUUGCAAGAUCGGGCUCUGGGGCCAGUUUCCUCCCCAGAUCUCAGAAAAUCCUUAUUCCUAUCACCUUCUCAGGGGUCUUGGGUCCCUAUGACCCAAAGGUGUGCUAGAGCCACCCUGUACCUGCACGCAAGAUUCACCUGCUGAAUUUUUAGGAAUUUUCCAAGCCAGUUGUUAAACACAGCCAUUAAAUUAAGGACCACAUCAGGGCGCCUGGGUGGCUCAGUCGGUUAAGCAUCCGACUUUGGCUCAGGCCAGAUCUCAUGGUUCACGAGUUCAAGCCCCGCGCUGGGCUCUCUGCUGUCAGCACAGAGCCCGCUUGGGAUCCUCUGCUCCCCCUCUCCCUUCGCCCCUCCCCCACUUGCAUUUUUGCUCUCUCUCAAAAAAAAUUUCAAACCAAAUCGUACCAAUUUAUAACCCAAAAAGUUAUAUUCAAAGGUAAUAAAUACUUUCAGUUCACCAUUUCCUAUUUCACUGUAUUUUACUACUACCCUGGGUUCUUGACAUUGUUUCCAUCUACUAUGUCUGUAAGGUGAAGAUAUUCUACGAUGGGGUGCUUGAAACGGCCCGGGAAGGGACAUUUCACCACAGAUACCGGCAAAUGCUGUAAAUCGGGCCCCCCCCCUCACCAAGCCCCACCCCUGCAGAAUUGUUACACAUUUACCAACCCAGGGCACCAAAUCUGCCUCUCCAGUCUGGGUUUUCUGCCCCUCAACUCCAGGCUCAUACAAUCAACUGCUACUCUGACACCAUUCACUGGGUGCCUACAAGACUUACUAUGUUCAAAACUGAAGGGACUCACCCCUGACCUGCUCCACUUCUCCAGCCUCCAGAAAUGGUAACUCUAUCCUUCCAGAAACUUUGGGGGUCAUCCAAUCUCUCGGCAGAUCCUACAGUUUCUAUCACCAGAAUUAAUCCAGAGUACAACUACUCCCCGCCUGCCACCACCCCACACUGGUCCCAGCCACCAUCACCCCUGUCUGGGUUCCUAUAGGAACCACCUAAUUGGCCUCCGGUUUCUUCUGCCUUUUCCUGAACAUGGCACUCGGUGCCCUUUUGAUGGCCUCCCACCCCUGACCUCUUUGAUCUCUUCUGCCACUAUGCCCCUCUCUGGGCUCUAGCCACCCAUCGUCCUGCCUCAGGGCCUUUGUACUUACCGUAGGCUCUGCCUGACCUACUUUCCCCUGCAGAUGUCCACAUGCUUCACUCCCUCGCUAACUUGAAUUCUUUGCUGAAAUGUCACCUCGGUGAGCCUUUCUCAGGCGACUCUGGCAAACUGCAAACCUCCCACCUCCACCUCAGCCCCUGCUCUAUCUAGUUCUCUCCGCAGUACGUAUCAUUCUCUAAUACGCCGUCUGUGAAAAGCGUAUUUGUUUUAUUGCCUGCCACCCCUCCCCGUCAGAAUGCAAGUGCCAACGGGGGCAGGGGGCUUUGUGCUUUGUUCGCUGAUUACCUUCAGUAUCCAAAACAGGGCCUGGCACACAGAAGGUGCACUAUAAAUAUGUGCUGAAUGGACAAAUAAAUCCCAUUCUGUAGGAGA